AUGUUUGGGGGACAAGGCUACUACAAUCAGCGUGGUAAUAAUCAAGAAUACGGCAAGUCUCCGUUGCAGAGACCGGCAGGAGGAGGAUUUAGUAGCAACUAUAUGAAACAGCAAGGUUCACAUCAUUCUUUACAGGAGUAUUUGGCCACGGAGCAGCAGGCUCAACAGCAGCAGCAGCAGCAGCUAAACGCGGCUCAGAGAGCUUAUGGGGCCGGUUUCACCGAUAUACCCACUUUAGAUUACCGAGGAGCAUCGAAUGCGUAUGGCGGAAACAACUAUGCGAAUUCACAGCAUUCUUCCCAGGCGGGAGGUUCAGGAGCACCCGUGCAGCCUCAUCAACCGCAGCAACUUUUAAUUCAUACCCCACCACCAACAGCUGCCAGCAUAUACAGCCAGAGUAAUAGCUCCUUUACCAAUGUCAAUGAGCCUUCUCUAGCAUUAGAUCGUUCGUCGCCACUUCGUGGUUCUAAUUGUUCUGACUAUGGUAACCAUUCUCAGAUGAAACAGCAACAGACGCAAUCACAACAAACUCCUCAGCAGCUUGCUGUACCUGUAUCCCCAUUUCACUCACCUUUAAAAGCUCAGCCAUUACAAGACCAGUACUUGCCUUCUCCUUUGUCAUCGGGCCAAUCGGCGCAACCGGUGAUGGCUAUUCCGGGGCGCCCGCUUCCAGCCCGUCACUCUGUGCCAGGAGCACCUGCAUUAUCACAUUCUCCUACCCCUGGUAGUCCAGUCCGGAGUAGCAGCCCUGGCAACUAUAUGUAUUUUGAGAGGAGGCCUGAACUUUUAAGCAAAUCUGCACAAGAGAAGGCAGCUGCUGUCAAGUUAAAGAUAGAAAACUUUUACCAGACGUCGGUCAACCAUGCUAUUGAGAGGAACCAGAGGCGUGUCGAGUUAGAAUCACAAUUGCUUUCACAAGGCUGGUCAGAGGAGAGGAAAAGCAGACAGCUCGCAUCGUUGGGUAAGAAAGAGUCACAAUUUUUAAGAUUGCGUAGAACAAGAUUGUCCCUUGAAGACUUUAAUACAGUUAAAGUGAUCGGAAAGGGUGCUUUUGGAGAGGUAAGACUGGUUCAGAAGAAGGAUACUGGUAAAAUAUAUGCAAUGAAAACUUUGCUAAAAUCUGAAAUGUACAAGAAAGAUCAGCUUGCCCACGUUAAAGCCGAACGUGAUGUGUUAGCUGGAAGUGAUUCUCCUUGGGUUGUGUCCUUGUACUACUCGUUCCAGGAUGCUCAAUACCUAUAUCUAAUUAUGGAAUUUUUACCUGGUGGUGACUUAAUGACUAUGCUGAUCAGAUGGCAGAUUUUCACUGAAGACGUCACGAGGUUUUACAUGGCUGAGUGUAUUUUGGCUAUUGAAGCAAUUCAUAAACUAGGGUUUAUCCACAGAGACAUAAAACCAGAUAACAUCUUAAUCGACAUCCGUGGACACAUCAAGCUAUCUGAUUUUGGCUUAUCAACGGGGUUCCAUAAGACCCAUGAUUCCAAUUACUAUAAGAAGCUUUUACAAGAGGAUGAACAGUCUCAAAAUGGCACACCGCUUACGAAACCAAUGGUUUCGGGUGCAUCUGCAGCAAAUAGGAACACUAUGCUUGUUGACGCUAUCCAUUUAACAAUGACAAACAGGCAGCAAAUGCAGACAUGGAGAAAAUCUCGUAGAUUAAUGGCAUACUCCACUGUCGGUACCCCAGACUACAUUGCUCCGGAAAUUUUUCUUUAUCAAGGUUACGGUCAAGAGUGCGACUGGUGGUCGCUUGGCGCGAUUAUGUACGAAUGCCUCAUCGGCUGGCCGCCUUUUUGCUCGGAAACCCCACAGGAGACUUAUAGGAAAAUCAUGAACUUUGAACAGACUUUGCAGUUCCCAGAUGAUGUUCAUAUAUCUUAUGAGGCUGAGGACCUCAUUCGUCGUCUUCUUUCACACUCCGAAGAAAGAUUGGGCAGACACGGCGGUGCGCAGGAGUUGAAGAACCAUCCAUUUUUCCGCGGAGUCGACUGGGAUACCAUUAGGCAAGUGGAGGCCCCCUAUAUUCCAAAGCUAUCUAGUAUCACCGAUGCUAGGUUCUUCCCAACAGAUGAACUAGAAAAUAUUCCCGACUCUCCUGCAAUGGCUCAGGCCGCUAAGCAGCGCGAACAGAUGAUGAAGCAGGGUGGUGCAGCCAUUGGAGCGCAGGCUAGGGAAGACAUGCCUUUCAUCGGUUACACCUACUCUAGGUUCGACUACCUAACACGCAAAAAUGCACUUUAA